UCUCACACCACCACCUGUCCCACGCACCCAAUAAAACUGAACGUUGCACAAGAAGUCCAUCAAACCAUCAGUGCCCACAGCAAAACGAAAAGGAUCAAACACUUGUUUAGUCCACUGACCACUCCGAUUCUCUCCCCUCCUGCUCCUCAAGUAUCAUGGCUUGCUAACUAUCCAGCUCGCACAAAAAGCCACAAGACUCUAUUUUCUACCAAAAAAUUUCUUCAUGGAAAACAACUAUUCUUUUAAUUCAUACCCGGAUUCAGGCGACUCGUCGCCCAGAUCUCGUGAAAUUGAUUUUGACAACCCGGCACCAUGGGAAGAACAAUCGCAACAAUCUCAAAACUACAAAGUUAAGUUCAUGUGUAGUUAUGGGGGCAAGAUCCACCCGCGUCCGCAUGACAACCAGCUUUCUUACAUAGGUGGAGAGACCAAAAUCCUUGCGGUUGAUCGAAACCUUAAAUUCCCUGUCAUGAUAAGCAAACUCUCAGCUCUUUGUGGUGACACCGACGUGGCGUUCAAGUACCAGCUCCCAGGUGAAGAUCUUGACGCUUUAAUAUCUGUCACUAAUGAUGAUGAUCUAGAACACAUGAUGCAUGAGUACGAUCGUCUUUAUCGUGCCUCUGCUAAGCCUGCUCGCAUGAGGUUGUUUCUUUUCCCGGUUAACCCGUCACAUGCAAGUUUCGGGUCCGAUGGUGACAAAUCGGAUCGGGAGCGCUUUGUUGAGGCUUUGAAUUCGGGUCCGAGUCAGGUUGUGGAAGCAACCAAAACGCCAGCGAAUAACGUUGAUUUCUUAUUUGGUUUAGAUAAAGGAGCUCCACCACCGCCUCCGCCUGUUAAAGUGCCAGAUUUGCCUGAAAUCCAUGUCGGGUCUGGCCAUGAUGUCAGGUUUGUUGGGUCGGAUCCUUCGAAUUUGCAGGCCCAGUUGCAGAGAAUGCAAAUUAGAGAACAUGAGCAGUCAAUUGGGUGUAAUAGAAAAAACAGCGAUGAGAAUUUGGUUGGUGGUUAUGCUGUAGCUGGCGGUGAUUAUUACAUGCAAAAAUUGCCUGAAAAGGUGUCUCCGGCGAAUCUACCCGUGACAAUGCCACCCCAGGUGACUGCUCCACCAGGUUAUUGGCCGGAGAAACAGGCUGCUGGAGGUGGGUUUCCGGCAGCCGUGGCGGUGACCACUGCCCCGGGUCAAAUGGAGCAACCCGUUUAUAUGAUAUCGGGUCCAGCUCAAGGAACUGCUUAUCACGCACCUCAAGUAAUGCGACAGGUUACCGGACAAACGGGUCAAGGAUAUUACAUGCAGAGAAUGGGUGCUCCAGGUCAUGGUCCUGAUGUUUACAGGGAGCAGCCGGUAUAUAAUGUGGUCCCACAACACCGUCAGCAACCACAACCGAUGGGUCCCAUGGGAGUUCUGAGACCCAGUGGGCCUGGGGUAGCUGUGACCGAUGGCGGAUAUGCACAGGUAGCGUAUGAUAAUGCGGUUGGUAGACAGGUUUACUAUACUGCGGCAGGUGGUGUAGUGCAGCAGCAGCAGCAGCAGAUGCCACCACAGUUUCAAGGUAUUGGUGGUGGUGAGAUGAGACACGUCGGUGGUGGUGGGCAAUUGGCUCCUGAAGUCAAGGUUGUUACAACAAAGGGGACGCAGGGUUCAGUGUGAUUGUAUAUAUAAUAGAUAUGAAGAUGUGUUUUGUAAGUUAAAAAAGUUUUUCAAUUUUUGCUGUCCAACGUUUUGUACACAGUGGUGGCGGAGAUGAAUUGAGUUUAUUAUCACUGUAACGCUAGUAGUCUGUUUGACUUUUUGUUGAUUUUUUUGUUGUUGAUUGGGUGUGCUGAAUGCUAGUUUCUCUUUUUAUUA